AGUGUAAUCAAGUAAAGGAGUUACGUUAAACGCAGUAAGCACUAUAACAGCUGAGAUCGGAUGCGCAACCUGCAAAUUGAUAUCAAUAAGGAGGUGUAAGGUUGACGUGAAGGUUUCAAGUGAUUUAAAUGCAUAACACAUUUGCACAAAGCCAUUGGAGAUAAGGCUAUCCGAUGCGCAUGCGAGGCACAAACACAAGCAGAAAAGUUGCAUCCUGUGCGUGCACUGGAGGAGAAACUGAGUAUUCGUGACUGCAGCACUGAGGAUAGUUUCACUGCCGCACAGAGAAUCUGAUCUGCAGGCAGAAUCAAGUGUCUCCAAGCGACUGACCGGCGGCGGGCGACCCAGGGUUAUAAAACAAGCCCAACAACUAUCUGGCCAACUGUUUGCGAGCUAACUGUGCUAACGAGAAUACCGCAAAAGCUACACAGCUAACCUGAAAUGGCGACGGCAAUAUACUUGGAACAUUAUCUUGACAGUAUUGAAAACUUGCCAUGUGAGCUACAGAGAAACUUCACUUUGAUGCGGGACCUUGACAACAGGACUGAAGAAAAGAAAGGAGAGAUUGACAAACUGGCUCAGGAGUACAUUGCGAAAGUGAAGAACCUGGCCUCUGAGCAGAGAGUGGAACAUCUGCAGAAGAUUCAAAAUGCCUACAGCAAGUGCAAAGAGUUCAGCGAUGACAAAGUCCAGCUUGCAAUGCAGACAUAUGAAAUGGUGGACAAACAUAUCCGCAGACUUGAUGCAGAUCUGGCACGCUUUGAGAAUGAGCUGAAGGAGAAACUGGAAGUGAGCGGCUACGAAAGUACAGAAGGAAGAGCAGUGAAAAAGGGUGAAUCACGAGGGCUGAAAGAGAAACGUGCAUCAAGAGGAAGAGCAAAGAAAUGUUCUGAUGAAGAUUCUCCAAAAAAGAAAAAGAUAAAAAACAGCCCCGACUUGAGCGACGCUUUCCUGCCGAUGCAACCAUCAGACGUUUUGGACAUGCCAGUUGAUCCCAAUGAGCCGACCUACUGCCUGUGCCACCAGGUGUCAUACGGAGAGAUGAUUGGAUGCGAUAACCCAGAUUGUCCGAUUGAAUGGUUUCAUUUUGCUUGUGUUGAUCUCGCAUCGAAACCAAAAGGAAAAUGGUUUUGUCCGAGGUGCACCCAAGACAAGAAGAAGAAAUGAGGUUUCUAACUGCUUGACUGUUAAUGUUUGUAUUUUUGUGUAGGUUAAAAGGAUAGUUCAUCCCAAAGUCAAACAUGCUCAUUGUUUUCUCUUACUGUUAGUGCUAUUCAUCAAUCUAGAUUGUUUUGGUUUCCAUAGAGAUAUCGUUGUAUCCAACUACACCGUUGUUGUGACAGCUUGAAAUCAUUAGCGUCCUCUUUGGCUUAGCUGUAUUAUUAGCUGCCUCCUCAGAGCCUCAUUUGUGAGUAAAUCCACGCUUUCUUUUAUGCGGUGGACAGAAAAUGGAACAGAUUGCUUGAUUUGUUCAGCUUACACUCGCAUCAAAACAAUCUAGAUGGAUAAAUAUAACUAACGCAAGAGUGAAACAUGUUUUUUGUUUUUUUGAUUUGGGAUGAAUUUUCCAUUUAAUAGUGUAAUGUAUAUAUAUUUCAGAUACUACAACUCUCCAUAGACUUUGUGGGUUACACAGCUUGUAAAGGUAUAAUAUGAAUUAUGAUUAUAGCUCUACCUAUGGCCCCAUUAUUCAUCAAUUAAACCGUUUAUGAUCUGUGCACUCAGUGUAAUUUGAUCCGGGCAGUGGAGUCAAAAGGUGAACAAAUUAUUACAAAUCAGAAAGUCCUUCCUCUUGAGUCAUAAAAUGUGUAUAUUAUCGUUACUAACGUACUCAGAAAUCUUGGAUUGUGGCUUGAGCUUACUUGAAAUAUCAAUUUUAUAAAUAACUAUUUUUUUAAACAAAUUAACAGCCUGCUGAAAUUUUCAAUUUUAAACACCUUAAAACCUUACCAAAAGUUGGUGGAAAAGGAAUGAUGUGUCAUAUUUUCAGUUGCCUCCUAAGGGAAUACAUCAGCACUGCAUAAAUGACUGCAAUUGAUAACAGUGUGAAAAAAUUACGUUUUGUUGAUCCUAAACCAAACGAGAAAUCAAUGUACGUUUGUUUUGGAUUGAUUUUCAAAGAACCUGCGACAUGUUUGAAUGUAAAGUGGUACUAAUGGACAGUCAGUCAGUGUCUCAUGUCAGCCAAUGAGGUUUUAUGCACUUUGAAUGAACAUUUUCCCUGAAGAGGUUGAAAGCUGCAGGAUAGAUUUUAUGAUAUAGUUUAUCUCAUUUAAAAAUGUGCCAUAGUGCGUCACUUCAAACCAUAUAGAAAUGUAUACAUAUGUUUUUUAUGAUACGAGACAAUAUUUUGUGGGCACAGUUUUUCCAAAGAUAUAUAUAUAUAUGUUGUAUUGGUGUACACUCAAAUUGUAUUUAAUAGGAUUUUAGCAUCUUCUUUCGUAUUCAACUGUGAAUAUCACUUGCGUAGGUGUAAGCCACAAAUACACGAGCCAAAGUCUUUGUAUUUUGUAAAAUUCUGUAUUUUAUAACAAAUAAAUAUUCACUAUUAAUGAAGCAUA